UGGGAUUUAGAGUUUUUCCAAAAAGCUAGCAUCACUAUGGUCCUAGUGGUUCUCUGCUUUAUCUGCAAUAAAUCGGUUAGAACAGCUGAAGCACAAUCCCCGCGUCUUCCCGUAGAAGAAGGUAACCGGGUUAACACUUGUGCGGCCACCAUCGAAGAACACGGUGAGCCUUCAUGGGUCCACCAGUACGCUAACAAGCAAAAGGGAGCAAUACCGUUCCAAUGCGGCCAUCGACGGAAGCUUGCAGGUUCUUCAAGUUUUGGGGUCAGUAGGGUCUGUCUACUCCCAUAAUCUGCCUGCAGUCAGCUGCUAGAUUAGAAGUUGGGCUUUUCCAUCGUGGGCUUUGGUGGUGGUUCAACGGGCCCUUGAUUGGGGAACAGUCUCUCCCUAAUAGUUGUCCAAAAAAACUAAGAAUAAAAUUAUGAUACCCGAAUAACUCUUGCUUAAAAUCACCAAACACGAAAAACAGAUUCACAAAUUUGAUUUGUGGGCGCAGUGGAAGCACUGAGAGAAAUUGCUUCACAAUUGGGAAAAAAAAGACUGGAACUUCAACGUAGACCCAUGCCUCAACGACACCAUCUGGGCUACCCCAAUAUCUGAUCGUUACUCGCUAUACAUCAACAUUGUGUCUUGCAACUGUUCCUACGUCCCUGAUGGUGUAUGCCACGUCACCAGUAUCUUUGAGAAGACUGGAUUUGCAAACUGGCUUUUUCACCUUCAAGCAAAUUAGAGCUGCCACUAAAAGCUUUGAUCCUGUAAACAAAAUUGGGGAGGGUGGUUUUGGCUCUGUCUACAAGGGUAUAUUAUUGGAUGGUACUAUAAUUGCGGUCAAGCAACUAUCUUCAAAAUCAAAGCAAGGAAAUCGUGAAUUCGUGAACGAAAUAGGCAUGAUUUCUGGUUUGCAACAUCCAAAUCUUGUUAGAUUGUAUGGAUGUUGUAUUGAAGCAAAUGAAUUACUGUUGGUGUAUGAAUAUAUGGAAAACAAUAGUCUUGCAGGCGCUUUAUUUGGUGCAGAGGAAAGUCCACUCAAAUUGGACUGGCCUACAAGGCAGAAAAUAUGCCUGGGCAUAGCAAAAGGUCUGGCUUUUCUGCAUGAGGAGUCAGCGUUGAAGGUUGUACAUAGAGACAUCAAAACUACGAAUGUGUUAAUAUUGGACCAAGACCUCAAUGCUAAGAUAUCGGACUUUGGUUUGGCCAAGCUUGAUGAAGAAGAGAAAAGUCACAUAAGCACCAGGAUUGCUGGAACUAUAGGAUACAUGGCGCCAGAAUAUGCCCUGUGGGGUUGUUUGACCUAUAAAGCAGAUGUCUACAGUUUCGGAGUUGUUGCAUUAGAAACUGUUGCAGGAAAGAACAAAAUGAAAUAUCGACCCAAUGAGAAUAUUCAGUGUCUUAUGGAUUGGGCCCUUGUUUUGCAACAAAAAGGGAACUUACUAGAGCUGGUGGAUCCGAGGUUGGGGUCCGAUUUCAAUAAGAAAGAAGCGAUUAGAACGAUCAAAGUAUCUCUAUUAUGCGCCAAUCCAACAGCUGCACUUAGGCCUAUCAUGUCUGAAGUAGUGAGUAUGCUUGAAGGGCGGACCCCCGUGGAUGAAGUGGUUCUGGAUCCAAGCAUCCAUGGUGAUGAAAUGACGAGGUUAAGAGCCUUCGAAGACCAGUUCGAUCACAGUACUGCACAAGGGAGCUCCCCAAGUGGAAGUCAUAGCCUUAUGCGUUCAUUAGAUGCACCAUGGACUGGUUCUUCAGGUACUACUACGUCUUCAGAUCUCUAUACGUACAUGUAGUCUUUAGUUCAUAGUAAUGCGAAAUUAGUGUCACUCCAGAACCAAUAAUUAUCUCUUGGCAAUAUUUAGACAUACUAUUUAGUAGCUAGUAGCAAUUAAACAUAUUUGCAUACCAUUUACGGUCUGACAGUGUCUCAAGGGCUAAUCUAGAAUGGAAGUUUAGGACAAUU